AUGACAACCCUAUCUACGCCGUUACCUAGCGCAGUACUACGCUCACCUGCCGGCGCUCCCCCAAAAAGGAAGGCGGAGCAAGCAAAGUCUACGCCUUUGUUCAAGCAAAAGCAGGCACACCUAGGCUACGGCGUUGAUCAGCACCACGGUGUUGCUCCGGAAGCCGUAGCAAGCUGGUCUACGGCGUUGCCCAGGACUGCGGCGUUGCUCUCACAAAAAGUAGCUCGCAGCACCACUACCCAAUUUACGCCUUUGCUCUACACCACGGCGUUGCUCCAGCAAUUACAAAAGCGUAGCACCGCAGCUAAUCCACGGCGUCGCCCAUCACAGCCUUGCUCCAGCCACAAGAAAGGCAUAGCAGCGCUACCAAAAUCUACGGCAUUGCCCAACCACCACGCCGUUGAUCCAGCACAAAUGUCUCCAAGCACCACGCCCCACACCUCGGAAAGAAGGGAUGCCAAAAUCAACGCCGAGACAAAUGCGGAACCAAUACUACAGAAUAGAAGGAGAAGAUCUGCGGGCCUAUGCAAGAAGGACAACUCCGGGAAAAAUGCAGAACCACAGUUGAAAAAACUGAGGAGGGCGAGUGCGGUUGACGUAGAACCUGAGGGAGGGAUUAGCAAAGCCAACGCCGAGAAAAAUGCGGAACCUCCAGCCAAGAGAUUGAGGAGAAGGAGUGCGGUUGGGAUAAAGAUUGAAGAACAGGGGGAGGAAUUCAGCGGGGUUGGGACUAGAAGAGGGGGGAGGAGGAGCACCGCUGCAGUGAAGCAAGAAGAAGGAGGGCAGCAGCCGGAGGUUAGAGAUAGUUUAGGGGAAUCAAUCAAAAAAGGAAGAAAGAGUAGAGCGGUUCCAGUGCAAGUAGAGGAUGAACCAGAGGACAGUGAGGAACCAUUGUUUAAGAAAACAAAACCAGUACGUGCUGAAGCAGAAUCUUUGCCUGAGCUUCCAGACUUCGUGCCCUUUAAGUCUGAAUUCCCUGCGCAUACAUCCCAGGCAAAUAUCCCUGGUGAUACUAAAUAUGACCCGUUCUCAAUCUUCAAUUUGUUUUUCAACGAUUCAACCUUCGAAGAACUUGCCAAUAAUACCAACAAAUAUGCCAAACUAAAAAGAGAUGAGUUCACUUUGAGAAAUCUGGGAAGCAAAAAGCAACGGCCAUGGAAACAUUGUACGCCUGGCGAUAUCAAGAUCAUGAUGGGACUGUUCAUCCAUAUGGGUGAUAGUGCAGUCACGACAUAA